UUUACUUCUUCAUUUCCCCCCAUAAAAAGAAAAACAAAAAGAAAAAUAAAAAAGAAGCAAUCUUUGGUUGCCGUUUGGGGACAUUCCUCCAUUUUUAUGUUCACAUCCAUGCAAAAAUCCGCCAUUGUUAGGGCCAGAAGAGUCAAAUCCCACCACUUGUUUUGUUUCCCAAAUCCCAAAACCGGGUUCUGCUUACCGCCAGUUUCCUCUCAAUCUUAGGGGCGGCCACCCAACCCCACGAAGCAGAUUUCUUCUCCCUUUCUUCCGUUUUCCCUUUUUUGUUUUUGUUAAUUUAAUUUCCUUUUUCUUCCCCUUUUCAAUUUCUCUCCCCCCAGAAUGAAUAGUAAUUCUAGCGAAGCAAUUCCUGCUGUUCCAAAUGGCCCCUGGUUUUCCCCUCUUUCGCCUCUGUUCCUGUUUCUAUAUAAUAUCUUCUCCCACUUCCUCCUUCUGUUCCCACACUCUCCUGUUCUUCGUCCUCUUCUUUUUCUACGGUUUUCUCUCUACGUGUCCGACUCUGGAUCCUUGUUUCGGACGCACCCCACUUUCGAUUCCCGUCAAUUUCCGCUCCUUCUGCCUUAUAAACGACGACCCAGAUCACAUUUCUGCAUCGUUCGGCGUUUUUUCGCAUCUGGGUUUCUGAUUUCAGAUUGAUUCGUUCCAUUUUGAAGCCAUUUUUUGCUGCGAUUCUUGUCAUCGGCGAGGUUUUUGAGGGGGGAAGGAGGAGUAAGGUUCUUUCAUUUUUGUUUUGUUUUUUUCUUUAUAAUUUGAUUUGAGUUCCGAUGACGACGGAAACGGGAACAAUGGGCCAAGGGAGUAACAGAAUUGGGCAUGUGAAUAACGUUCAGUAUGUGAAGAGGUGUAUUAAGAAGAGGAAAUGCAGAAGAAUUAAGCGGUCUGUUCCAGUGGUUCCCAUGGCGCUUCAGGAACUGUUUCUUUCUUGCCGGGAAGUCUUCAAAGGCCCUGGAACGAUUCCACUGCCUUCAGAGGUUGACAAAAUCAGCCGCAUUCUCGAUAAUAUGAAGGCAGAAGAUGUUGGACUUUGUAGUAGUUUGCAGUUUUUCAAGCCCAAUGUUCCAGUUAAAGGUUCCCCUAGAGUUACAUACACAACCAUAUACAAGUGUGCCAAUUUCUCGUUAUGCAUCUUCUUCCUCCCAGCAACUGGUGUAAUCCCUCUCCAUAACCAUCCGGGAAUGACUGUUUUCAGCAAGCUUCUCCUAGGAAAAAUGCACAUAAAAUCCUAUGAUUGGGCUGAUCAAACGACCAACACAGAUGAUUCUGCCCCACCUUGUAAAAAGAGAUUGGCAAAGCUGAAAGCUGAUGAUGUCUUCACAUCACCCUGCAGUACCUCUGUUUUGUACCCUACAACAGGAGGCAACAUCCACUCUUUCACUGCGAUAACGCCAUGUGCGGUUCUUGAUGUGCUUGGACCUCCUUAUUCUAUGGAGGACGGUCGAGAUUGUUCGUAUUAUAAGGAGCAUCCCUAUGCCUCUUUUCCAAAUGGUGAGAUGGCACUAACAAAAGAAGAAGAGGGUGAGAGUUAUGGAUGGCUAGAAGAAAUUGAGAUGCCAGAAAACUCUCACAUGGAUGGAAUUGAAUACUUAGGCCCUCAGAUUAUUGAAAUUUAAGCCUAAUUUGCCCCCAUAUUCAUUCUCCUUUCUGCUCUUCUCUCACAAUGACUUCCUCUUGCUUCUUCAUUACAUUUUUUCCCCUCUUCUUUUGGGUUUAGAAAACUAUCUUCUUUUUGACUGUAGAGUGUUUCCAAAAGUCGUGUUCUUUGGUUUUUGUACAUAAAAAAUGGUACAAAGUUUGUAACUUUCUUUCAAGUCUUCUUUCUUCUUGCUUCCCCCUCCCAUGGAAGUUUGUUGAAUUUGCUGAUCAAGAGUGCAGGAGAUGAUGAUGAUGAUGAUGGAGAUCUCUCUUCCUAUUUUUUGAUGUAGUUGUGGAGUAAAAUUUUCAAUCAAGUGUUGAUAUUUCCAAUUUAUAUCUUUAUGGAUU